AUGAAUGAUAGAAAUGGCAUAGAAGCAUUUGAUACGCCACCAUGGGAGAAGUUUGGUCGCUGGGUGUAUUGCAUCUGUGUAGUGACAUUCGAUCUUGAACUGGGACAAUCAAUUGAAGUAGUCUAUCCUGGUGAUGCACAGUUAACAGUUAAUGAGAAAAGUAGUAUAUGUUACUUAUCAUUCCCGGAUUCCAAUUGUGGCAUGUCACGUGACACCAAUUUUCAUUUCCGAAUACGUCGAUCAUCUGGUUCUGAUUUAUCUGCAUAUGUUGCAUAUUCUGAACUCGUACCGGCUGCUGUUGAUGCGGAUCCGCAAUACUUUUAUGGGUUUGUUCAUUCCAGGCAAAAAAAGACUCUUCUUUGCCACGUGAGUCUUGUUUUAAUAACAGUGUUGCCUCUUUUUGAUCUCUUUUCACUUGCUGUCGGUGUGAUUGCACAAGGCUUUUUCGAUUCUGGAGAGCCAGCGAUCGAAGCGGCCUGCCAUCAUAUUGAUCAGUGGUCAAUUCCCAUCCCUGGUAUCGUGCUUUGUCUACCACUGAUGGGAAAUGUGAUACAGUGUCGGAUUCCAUGCCAGAUUGAUAUAUAUUCACCUCAAAAAAGUUAUCUUAUAAAUGCUAAAUUGAUGUCACCCAGUAAAAAUCCAGUUUUGUUAUCCAUAAUGAAUAAAUCGAAUAUUCGUGGAAAUUUAUUGUUUGUUGCUAAUCAUGUGCAGUUAUUAUGGGAAUUAGUAUUGACUGGAGAGCCAAUCGUGGUGCUAGCUCAAAAUCCGUCAGAUUGUUCUACGUUCGUGCAGUCUCUCAUUUCUUUGAUAUGGCCUUUAAGGUGCUCCAGUGACUAUCGACCCUUCUUUACAAUCCAUGAUGCUGAAUUCCGGGAGUAUUCGUCAAGAACUGACCCAUGGCCAAAUGUAAUUCUCGGAGUAACCAAUCCGUUCUUUACAAAAGUAUUUCAAAAUUGGCCCCAUAUUAUUCGCCUCGUUCCUUCACAAGAGCAACAGAUCCCUGUUGGAGGGAAAAGGAAAAAAAUCUGGAAUAAACGUGCUCUCGAAACGAAAUAUGGCUUAUUUAGUCAAUACAAAAUGUUUCUCCAAAAGGAUAAGACACUUUUCAAAGAUGUUUUGAAGGCUAGCAAUUCAAAUUGCACUGAUGGAACAGAACUACAACAGCGGAUACUUGACUUGACGCAGAAUUUCAUGAUGCCUUUGGAGAAUUAUAUUUCAUCAUUAAUGCCUCUGAAAAAGCAUUUGUCACCUUUCAAAAAUGUCCCGCAGAUUUAUCCGUUUGUAGUGGAGAACUUCUUUACUGCCUUGGAUGAGACAAGAGUUAUGCAAACAUCGGGUAUCAGAGGUGAUUGGCGUGGAUUGUAUCAAAAGUUUACAACUUCACUAAAUUUUCAAGAUUGGUUGUCUCGCAGAAGGGCUGAUUUGGAACGACAGUUGCGACUCCUAUAUUUAGAAAUGCUGUGUAGCGCAGAUUUCAGCAAGGAAACACUUCAUAAACGUCCACAGGUUGAAAUCGUUGACCUUGUCCUCAAACUAAGCGAUCGCAUCCAGAAUUUGGAUGAAGCAUCCGAAACUUCGCGUGUUCGGUUACAAUCACAAAUUUCCUCAAUUUUAGCAUGCGUAGAUGACGAUUUGAAGUCAGUAUUGCUCUCUAACUGCUCUUUGAGGAAUUGUAUUUAA